CUUUACACAAACACUUUCAUUGACGAAUAAUAUAAAAGUAGCUAGUAAAUGAGGGAAUAUAUUAACCUUCUAUGCUAGCUUGAACUGUGACGCUGAAUGUCUGUCUGCUAGCUAACAACUUUUUUCUUCAAACUUAACGAGUCGAACUUGCAGACAUGACACAGCCCUGAAUAUAUGAAUAGGGACAAUGUGAUAUUGUUGAAGCAUUGCAAAGCGUCUAUGUUAGUUUUUUGACGUGAAGAUAUUUCUCAGCUAACUCAAAAUUUUAAGCAAGUUGAGCUGAGAUGGAGCUCCAGAUAUGAGUGAUCUCUCACUCAUGAAAACACCCUCAGUUUCUACUUUGUACAUUUGUUUCGCGGGUUUUUAGGGUAUUGACUUAAGAUUUGGAGGAGCCAUGCCUUUCCUCCAUGGGUUUCGACGGAUUAUCUAUGAGUACCAGCCGCUGGUGGACGCUGUGAUGAGUGUUAUUGGGCUAAAGGAAGGGAAUGGUAGCCAGGAUGACAGAGUCAGAAGCCCUGAGGAUGAGAGUGGUCUGUGCAGCUCUCUGGUGGAGCUUCUGGAGCGAGAGUCCCAGUCUGAAGUGUUUAUGGAAGGCAUCAGCUACGCUCUGUUCAAGAUGGCAGAGCGGGGACUGGUGUACGCUGCUGAAAUCCUUCUACGCUAUGGUGCUGAUCUAAACUUUGAAGACCCAGUUUCUUACUACAAUCCACUACAUAUAGCAGCUUUGAGGAACCAGCCAAACAUGGUGAGGCUGCUGGUCGGUCACGGGGCAGAUAUUGAAAAGAGGGACAGGAUCCAUGAGAGCAGUCCCUUGGAUCUUGCCAGUGAGGAGUCGGAGAGACUGCCCUGCCUGCUCACCCUGCUGGACCUGGGUGCUGACGUGAAUGCAAGGGAUAAACAUGGAAAAACACCUUUGCUCCAUGCCUUGGCAAGCAGUGAUGGACUCACUGUGAACAACACAGAAAACAUCCAAUUCCUGCUUGAGAGAGGUGCUGAUGUGAAUGCUGCUACUGUAGAUGGUGAAACUGUUGAGUCCUCCUUGGUGUUUCUGGUUAAGGAGGCUCUUGAGGCCAAUGUAGAGGAUGCUGCUGAGAUCGGCAGCUUCUGCUUGAAAACCACACAGCUCCUGCUGGCCCACGGUGUGGACCCCAGCUGCUGUCUAAACGAAGAUGGCGAGCCCUCGCUGACCCAGACGAGCCUGGAGCACUUUGACCUGCUCUUCCCUUUGGCUGUGCUCUUAAUCCAGAGUGGAGCCUCUUUGGUUUGUACCUAUCAUGUCAACUGCUGUUGGUCAUUUGACAGCCUCCUUUUCCAGCGGCUCCAAACAGCCCUGCAGCAGUGCUCUGAUCAAAGUCAUGCCUCUGAGCUCCUUGAGCAGGCUGAGGUGUUGCUUGACUUAGCGGAGGUAAACGCCCCUACACUGAAUCUGCCUUCCAGGCUGGAGCUCCCUGCGGCUGGGCAGGACCCUCACCCCUAUACUCAGGCUUUGCUAGACCUGCACAGCCAGGUAGUAGAGCAUUACGCAAGCCCUCCUGCUCUGCGGUGCCUCUGCAGGACAUUUAUAAGGAGCCACCUACAGCCCUGGCCACUGGAAGACAAAGUCAAAGCUUUGCCAUUACCAGACAGACUGAAAGACUUUCUUCUUCCUGAGCACACAUACACCCCAAAGCCUGGCUGGGACUGCUUCAAGCCUCAGCGUAGCCAGCGCUGAUGAUUUUGUUGUUAUACCCCUGAUCUGAAAUGUAAGACUGAACAGGCCUCUAAUAAUUUGUGCACUUAUCCUUAAAUGCAACCUGACAACCUAACAAACCACCAAGGCCUUUAUUAAAUCCUUAUCGUGUGUUGUCUGUGCCAAAUAUACAGACACUUGUGUGUGUUUACUACCAGAUUCAAAGUUAUGUCUGUGCAAUCAGCCUUUGAGUCGUCACUGUUGUGAUUAAACAGCUGCUCAGCUGGCUCAACCGUAUUGUAUAAAGGAAGUUGCAGUACCAAAUAACAGCCACCAGAUGGCAGUGUUGCUCUUGCACAUCACAAGCAGCCCAGAUGUCAGGUUCAAAGAUUUAGUUAUUCACAGUGCAGCCUUUUAAAUUUGUUUCCAGCGCAGUAGAAGCCAUUUAUAUUUCAUCUCCUCAACAUGAUGUGAUGGUGAUAUAUUGUGGAAUUUGUGUAUCGUCUUGCUUAGCAUGAAGAUGUACAAAUAAAAAAGAC